AUGGCCGAUGACCAUCAAAGUUCUCUUCAAAUUCAUGAGAAAAUUCAUCCUGGAAAGAAACGUUAUGAAUGUCAACAAUGUGGAAAAGUCUUUGCGCAGCACAGAUAUCUUCAAAUGCAUGAAGUAAUUCAUACAGGAGAGAAACCUUAUGAAUGUAAUCAAUGUGGUAAAGCCUUUGCCUGGUACAGGUCUCUUCAAAUGCAUAAAAAUAUUCAUACAGAAGAGAAACCUUAUGAAUGUAAUCAAUGUGGUAAACUCUUUGCACAGCACAGAUAUCUUCAACUGCAUAAAAGAAUUCAUACAGGAGAGAAACCUUAUGAAUGUAGUCAGUGUGGUAAAGCCUUUGCAUGGCAUGGGAGUCUUCAAAGGCAUGAAAGAAUUCAUACAGGAGAGAAACCUUAUGAAUGUAAUCAAUGUGCUAAAGCCUUUGCAGGGCUCAGGAAUCUUCAAAUGCAUAAGAGAAUUCAUACAGGAGAGAAACCUUAUGAAUGUAAUCAAUGUGGUAAAGCCUUUGCACGGCACAGUUAUCUUCAAAUGCAUGAGAGAAUUCAUACAGGAGAGAAACCUUAUGAAUGUAAUCAAUGUGGUAAAGCCUUUGCACUGUACAGAUAUCUUCAAAGCCAUGAGAGAAUUCAUACAGGAGAGAAACCUUAUGAAUGUAAUCAAUGUGGUAAAGCCUUUGCAUGGCAGCAUUAUCUUCAAAUGCAUGAAAGAAUUCAUACAGGAGUGAAACCUUAUGAAUGUAGUCUAUGUGGUAAAGCCUUUGCAUAUCACAAUUUUCUUCAGAGCCAUGAAGGAAUUCAUACAGGACAGAAAAUUCCUGAAUAUAAUGUCUGUGGUAAAGCCUUUGAAUGUCAUGGUCAUCUUCAAAGGCACGAAAGAAUUCACACUGGAGAGAAUCUUUAUGAAUGUAUUUAAUAUUUUGUAGUCUUUAC